AGUUUACAUUGAAUUCGCCAACGCUAAUUCGACGAAGAUUUGUUAAUUGCACGAGUUGGAUUCAAUCGCGAUUAAAAUUUACAACAACAGCGAUUAAACUCAAAUCUAUUCGUCACAAAUUUGAUCUUAGUAAAGAGCUCAAGUCGUACAAGAAAUACAAAAUCAUGGCUGAGGGUAAUCACAAUAUAUGCGACUCCCACAUGCAGGUGAAGGAAGAGGCCGAAGAGGAGAAGUUGCAGAACGAGGAUGAAGGAAUGGAGUCCAGUGGCACGACUGAAGCUAAUAGUGAGUCAAGCUUCGACCAGAUCGUGUCUUGGGAGGCAUACGAGGAAGGCAUGCUGUCAAAAAUUGAGCAGAGCAACCGGGUUCACGCAAAGUGUAUGAACAGUCUUACCAAGGAAUCCGAAUUGAGCGAAUUCUAUAAAAAGAAUGGUAAAAUUGAUCCGGAGACCAACGACAACAGCGAUGACGACAGUGUCCAGAUCAUAUUGUCAGAGGAUAUUAAGGUAAUUGAGAUUACCUCAAGUGAAGAUGACGACAGUGUCCAGAUGAUGGAGGAUUUGAACGUGGAUAUUUACUUGGUGGUGAUUAGGAGAAGGAGAAUACUUGAUUAUGACAGAGAGAGCAUGGAGGCGGGCGAAGAUCGUUUGCCUCCAGAUGGAGGAGAUUAACGAAUGCACCAUACGGUGGUGCAGUUGGAGGCAGAACGAAAUGACAACCGUGAGCUUAGCUCCACCUCCAUUGAGGACGAGAAUGAUGGGAUUGGCACGGAUAUUAGUGAAAACAGAUAUCGAGAUGGCUGUCUAGAUGAUGGGGUAACCAACGAAUCAAAAACAAUAAAUGAACAAUACUUUUAAUUCAAACUAACUAACAUCAUUUAAUUCAUGCUCAUUAAUAUAUGUAAACAAAUUC